AAUAAAUGCAAGCGCUUGGAAAAAAUAUUUUUAAUAUCCGGCAUCGAUGGGAACCCACCGAAAUAUUUCUUCAUUAAUCACUUCCAAAAUUGACGAUAUAAAGAAUUUCAAAAGGAACCUUCGUCAGGCUCCACGAUCGAGAUUGCCCGUUUAUUUCAAGUUGAUGCCAUUGUGUUAUGAAGCCCGUGAAGGCCACAAAAAGCUUCCAUGAGAUCUUCGAUGACGCCUGUGUGAAUUCCGGAUCUGAGAAGAAUAUUGUACACUUGAUGAUUCAUGUUUUGCGAACGAUUUUCUGCGACAUGGAACACGCCCUUUUCGAUGUCAGAUACCCGAGAAAGACUAACAUGUUCUACACUGACAUGGAAUUCGAUGGAUCUGGUGCCGGGAAACAUGUACACAAGAUCAUGGGGGAUGCCAGGUCACGUUUCAGUGAAAUCGUCAUGUCCCAGAGCCGCGAAUUCCGAAAAAUCUUGGAGAAGAAUUUCCUGACGCUGAUGGACUUUAAAAUAUCCACUUCAACUUUGCGCCGGGUUUUGGACAAACGAGCAGAAGUCGUGGGAAUGAUGGUUCAAACUGGCGACUCACCGAACCCCCCGACAGCCGAAGACCAAUUUUUGCACAACUUGCUGCUUUUUAUGCAAAGAUAUCGCGAAUGGCUCGCCGCUUGCACUGUAGAUUACACUUCCUAUCAAAAGUAUGUCUAUCGGAGAAUCCUGGCAGAUGUUGAGGCGUAUCCGGAAGUCAUGGCUCCUGCUGUCGUUUUCAUGACACGGGAAAAAUCCGUUCUGGAAGAAAUCUUUGAGGAGGUUAUCGAGGCUUGCAAGCAACGCCGCCCAGUUGACCUAGUUUCAGCAGGUAUUUUAACCGAAGAAGAGGCCGAUGCCCCGAGGUCAUCCAGUGGAAAACUUCCAACAACAGCAGACAUUGCCUUCACUGCUUAUUCUUUGACCCAUUGGCUUGUCAAGUACCUCGUCAUCGUGCGACAACUCCAAGAAGGGAUGAUGGUGUACGUAAUCAAGCACAUUUUGGCAGACACAAGUGUGACGAUCCCACGUCACAAGUGUGAAUCACAUUUGAGUUUGAAGAUGUUGCUGCUCACUGGAAUCACUGUCAAUGUCGAUGUCACGUCGAUCCUUCGAUCCUGUCGAGAGGAUUUUGCAGAUUUAAGCUACAGGGCCUUGUUUGUGCUGCUUUACAAAGUAACUCCGGAUAUCACUUUGUCAAAUGCUUUGGAAGAGUCGCAAAACAUCGUGGAAGACGGAUUGGCCUAUUUAAACAGAUUCUCUGAAUUGGGACCAAUGCUAAUGGAGGAGCCGACUCCGGGAAAAUCUUGGAUUCGGUGUUGCUGCAAGCGACAGAAAACGGACUUGGGUCGUCACGAGUUCAGGUCGCCGAUCGACAGGAAAAGUAGAGGCUUUUAUUCGGUGUCGAGGUACUCCAUUGAAACCCUGUCGACACCGUUGCCGACGAACCGAGAAGUUCUGUCUGUGGCAGAAACGCGACCAGCUAGCAGACGGGACAGCGACGACGACGCAUUCUCUGAAUUGGGACCAAUGCUCAUGGAGGAGCCGACGCCGGGAAAAUCUUGGAUUCGGUGUUGCUGCAAGCGACAGAAAACGGACUUGGGUCGUCACGAGUUCCGGUCGCCGAUCGACAGGAAAAGUAGAGGCUUUUAUUCGGUGUCGAGGUACUCCAUUGAAACCCUGUCGACACCAUUGCCGACGAACCGAGAAGUACUGUCUGUGGCAGAAACGCGACCAGCUAGCAGACGGGACAGCGACGACGACGCGUUGUCAAACAUCGGAGACGGCAUGAGGACAGUUUUUCUUUGGUCGUGCCUUGUUGGGAUCCCAGCUGCUUGGCACAUGUUGGCAAUCACAUUUUUUGCACCGCCAAUCGACCACUGGUGUGCGAAACCCAGCGAAAUGCCUUACGGAAAUUGGUCUGACGACUUGUGGAAAUUUUAUGCCAUCCCGAUCGACGAAGACGGAAAUUUUGACAAAUGCAACAUGUACCAUCUGGAGCAUCUCCCGGACCCCGUUUUGCAUAAUAAGACCGAAAUCAACAGAGAAUUCACUGCGAGGCUGAUUUAUCAAGGACGGGAUAUGCAGAUUGUACCGUGCGAAAAUUGGGAUUUUGAUCAUUCUCAAUUUUCCUACACCAUCACUGAACAGUGGGACUUGGUAUGUGACAGAGCUUGGCUAUGUCAAGUUAUUCAAUCGACUUACAUGGCUGGAGUUUUGGCAGGUUGCGUCGUUUACGGACACCUUUCGGACAGAAUCGGGAGAAGAGCAGUGAUUCUUCUCGGAACUGUGCAACUGAUAUCAAGUUCUCUCUUGACGACAUUCACAGAGAGCAUGACGUUGUUCAUCUUGUUGCGAUUUUUGGUCGCAAUGGGAACCAAUGCGCAAUUCACUGUUGCCUUCGUGCUCGUGAUGGAAAUAAUUGGCGGGCGGAAGAGGACCGUGAUGGGAAUUGCAUACGAGUAUCCGUUUUCUCUGGGCUUCAUGACCCUGCCAGGAAUCGCGUAUUUGAUUUCGGAUUGGCGUUAUUUGCAACUAGCGAUUUCUUUGCCAAUAGUUUUUCUCCUUGUUUAUUACUGGGUUCUGCCAGAAUCUCCACGUUGGUUGAUAGCGCAAAAUCGGCUAUCGGAAGCGCAAGAAAUAAUUGACGAGAUUGCAAGAACAAAUCAGCGCUCGUUUCCUGAUAAUCUUCGCCCGAAUUCGCCGGAAAAUGUACCAGUUUGUGUUUGCGGUUUGAAUGCCAUCCAUGAAUCCGGAGAAACUAAAGAAAAGAAACAAGCCGAAAUUAAGUACUCCUUGGUGGACUUGUUCCGUACCCCGAACGUCAGAAUGAAGACCCUCAACAUAUUUUUCAACUGGUUUGUAAACUCUUUUGUUUACUACGGACUGUCUUUGAAUGCUGGAAACAUCGGAGGGAAUGUUUUCUUGAACAUCAUGUUCGGCGGUUUGGUAGAAAUUCCUGCGUACGCCAUCAGCAUGCAUGUCCUGGUGAAAACGGGCAGAAGAUGGCCUCUGUGUUUGUCAAUGGUGUUCGGAGGUGUCGCUUGCUGUCUGACUGCAGCCGUACCACGGGGGAUUUAUGGGUAUGACUGGCCAAUCGUCACAUUGGCAAUGAUGGGCAAAUUCGGCAUUUCGGCAUCUUUUGCAAUUAUUUACGUAUACUCCGCCGAAUUGUUCCCCACUGUUGCGCGGAAUGUCGGUGUGAGUUCCUCAUCCAUGUGUGCCAGAAUCGGAAGUGUCGUGGCCCCGUUCGUCAAGUUACUAGGCGAUGAGACACAUUUCGCAGUUCCUGUUUUCCUAUUCGGAUCUGCGUCGUUGCUCGCGGGGCUCCUGGCUCUCAAACUUCCGGAAACGAAUAACCGGAAACUGCCGGAGACGCUCGAGGAUGCCGAGCUUUUCGGGAAGUCUAUUUCGCAGUGAGAGACCCUGAACUCCUACAGAAUUUCUCAGAAGUCUUGCGAAAUCUAUGCCUGAAUUUCACCUUAACGAAACGAUAAAAAACUUUUUCGUGUGAAACAGUCUUGAAAACAUUUUUUUUGCACAUCGUUGAACCCAUGAGAGAGUUUAAGAAGGAAGUAAUUUAUGCUUAAACUUUUUACGUGUGUUCACUAACCUAAAAAAAACCAUUAAACUUUGAAAAAGACAGUUAAAAAAACUAGCCUCUUUCGAAUUGAGCUGCCAAAAUCGUUUUCUAUUUUUAGGCUGUAAUUUUUGCAAUAGAGAUUUCUCAGAGCAACGGCGCCCAGAAAAGGACAUUGGUGCAAAUCGUGAGCAAAAUGCAUCUGAUAUUAAUGUUGGAGUGGAAAUUGAGGAAGAAAUUCGAUCAAAUUUAGAGAAUUGAAAAGUAGAACCAUGUUUAUUAUGAUGUUGUUAUAAUUUUUAAGAGUUCGAUCGACACGCAUGAAAUGAGAAAAUGGAGUGAGCAGGAUUCAUAAAAAAUUCUGAAGUAGAUGAAAACGAAUUAAAAUCCGAUUUGAACAGCUUUAAACGAUAUGUAGAAAAAUGCAUUUCUCUACAAAUUUUCAAAAGUUUUUCGAAGCUUCUAAAAUAAGAAACAAUUUUAAAAAUUUAUGAUUUUCCCUCAUUUUCCGAGGAACUUUUGAACAGACUGCACAAAAAUUCUGGAAAAAAAAAUGUUUCAGUCAAAAAGUAUCCACCCGUUUCUGUCUGGGUAUGGAAUGAGAAUUUAUUCGUGGUUCACAAAACUUUUGAUGAACCCAUCGUAUUUCUUUUCCCCAGUAUAUCCAGAUAUCUGUCCAUUCAUUUUCCUCUUUCUAGGAA